AUGGAUGCAGUUCUCUAUGCUCUAAACAUGAGUGAAGGGGAUCCAACCACGUUCCAAGAAGUAGUUGAGAGUUCAGAGCAGGAAAGUUGGAUGAGUGCUAUGAUGGAUGAGAUGGAAUCUCUACACCGGAACUCUGUUUGGGAGUUGAUUCCUAAACCCAAAGAUCGGAAGAUGAUCUGCUGCAAGUGGGUGUUUAGGAAAAAGGAAGGAAUACAUGAGAAAAAGCCAACUAGAUUCAAAGUUCAUCUAGUGGGCAAGGGGUACUUACAAAAGGAAGAAGUUGAUUAUGAUGAGAUCUUCUCUCCAGUAGUGAAGCAUACUUCUAUACGGUUAUUAUUCUCCAUAACGACACAAUAG